GCUGGGGGCCCGAAUUUUCCAAACCUGGUUAUCGUACCGCGGGGGCGGAGGCUCCAACAACAUUAUCAUCGUCUCCCGGCAGGCCGAGGGAUCUUCUUGCGUUUCGUGCUUCAUUUGUUUCAUUCCGUCUGCGCGCUCGAAGACGGGUCAUCAGCGUGGCUCCUCUUCUUCUUCUUCUUCUCGGUUUUUCGACUUCGAUCGAGCUUUCGGGACCCGAAAGUUCAGAGCGUGGCUUUGGUUGGACAGUCGGUGGCGCGCUUUCAGCACUGAAUCUUUCAGCUCGUCGCUUUUCUUCAGCUGUUCGUGCGGCGAAUGUGAGUGCGUUUUUUUGGAUUUUUGUGCGCGUGUUGGGUGGCCCCAAGGGGGAGGUUUUCGAGGGAUGGAGUUGUUCUUAGGGCGCUGUAAAGUGUCUCCGUUGAUUUUAGCCAUUUUAUUUAUCAGCUUCUUCCACAAUGUGUUAAGCAGACAUCGCAUCCGCCACUACAAGGACAGGUUCAAGCGACAGCAGGGCGCCCAUCUCUACUUGCCCGGCAGCUUCGUCACCGACCCACAAGACGCCGACGCCGACGCCGGCCCGUGGGGCGAGUGGUCGGCGCCGUCGCCGUGCUCGCGAUCUUGCGGCGGCGGCGUCGCGACGCAGCAGCGCGCCUGCCAGGAGGGGUUCGAUUGCCGGGGGGCCGGCAAGAGACAUUUCUCGUGCAACACGCAGGAUUGUCCAGACAUAGCAGACUAUAGGGCACAGCAGUGUGCAAGCUAUGACAAUAUUCCUUUCGAAGGAGUAUCCUAUCAGUGGGUGCCUUAUACGAAAGCUCCUAACGAGUGUGAACUCAAUUGCAUGCCGAAAGGCGAGAGAUUUUAUUUUAGACAUGCCUCUGCAGUCGUCGACGGCACAAGAUGCAACGACGAAAAAUUCGAUGUUUGCGUCAGUGGAAAAUGCCAGACAGUGGGAUGCGACAGGAUGUUGGGGUCGAACGCAAGGGAAGAUCAGUGCCGUGUAUGUGGGGGGGACGGAACCAGCUGUAACACUUUUUCCAAUACGAUUCAAAUGAAAGACAUGCAAGUUGGUUAUAACGAUAUAUUGCUGAUUCCUGCUGGAGCUACGAAUAUUCGAGUUGAAGAGUUGGCUCCUUCGAAUAAUUAUCUCGCUGUCCGUAAUAAAACCGGCUACUACUAUCUGAACGGUAACUGGAGGAUCGAUUUCCCUAGGUCACUAGAUUUUGCAGGCUGCAGGUUCAAAUACGAAAGAAACCCCCAAGAGUUUGCCGCUCCAGAUGUGGUCACUUGCUUGGGACCAACAGAAGAAUCCUUGUUCAUGGUGCUCUUGUAUCAAGACUCGGAAGUGCCAAUCAGUUACUCGUACAGUUUACCGACGAAUAUACCACCACCAAGUGAAGAAACGUAUGCAUGGACUUAUGACGAGUUCACACCUUGUUCAGCUACAUGUGGUGGAGGUUAUCAAUUCCGCAACGUGACCUGCGCCGGCCGCGCCUCCUUAGAUCCCGUCGAUCGCUCUCUCUGCGACUCCAACACGGAACCUGAAGCCAAGCGCCGCUGCAACGAGAUCGCGUGCGCCGCGCAGUGGGUGCCGCACCCCUGGAAAGAAUGCUCGGCGCCGUGCGGCGACGGCGGUUUGCAGUCGCGCGACGUCACGUGUCAGCAGAUCGUGUCCAACGGGCUGCCGACGCUGGCGGAGGACAGCGAGUGCGUUGCUAGCGGCGCUGUCAAGCCGCCGACGCAACAGCGGUGCAACGUGGGCAGAGUGUGCGCCACGUGGUUCUCGGGGCCUUGGAAGCCGUGUGAUCACCUAUGUGGAGAUGGUGAGCAAACAAGAAAGGUUCAAUGUUUCAUCAAGAAAGAUAACAAAAUCGAGGUCCUGGAAGAUUCAGAAUGUGAAGCAAUCGAACCAAAACCAGAAGUCAGCAAGAAAUGUAGAAUCAGACCUUGCGAAGGUGUUGAUUGGAUAACAUCCGAAUGGAGUGGGUGUGAUAGGAUUUGCGGAUUGAAGAACGAAACAAGAAAAGUCCACUGUGCCACUGAGAAAGGAGAAUUCCAAGAUGACGAACUGUGUGAAGCAAACCAGAGACCAGAGACAAUCCGAAAGUGCGAAUCAACCAAUGCUACCUGCCAAUAUUUGUGGUACGCAUCUCAAUGGAGCGAGUGUUCAGUAACCUGUGGCGCCGGUGUUCAAACUAGAACUAUAUUUUGUGGCGUGUCCACCGUUGAUGGUGUCCUCAAAGUUGAGGACGCCCAAUGUGACCCUUCAAAGCACUUUGAAACCAUCAAAAACUGCACUGGAGAAGAAGAAAGUUGUGAAGGCGAAUGGUUCAGCGGCCCUUGGGGAGAGUGUUCCAAAUCCUGUGGGGGAGGAGAACGUACCAAAAAAGUCGUUUGCAUCAAAGAUUUCCAAGUAGUAAGCCCGGACCUAUGUGGUUCUGAAACAAUCGUGUUUUCACAAGAGGAAUGUAACAACCAUCCUUGUUCAGAAGAUACUAUAAUGCCAACUGACGUUACUCACCCAGUGGACGAAUCAGAACCGACAGCAGAUGGAAGUUCCACCGAUGUUUCUGUCAUUACGGAAUCAACAGAUUCAACAGAUUCGACAAGUGUUGUAGAGCUAACAAGCCCGCCAUCAACGGAUGAAGACGAAGAAUACGAGAUAGUACCCGACACAAAUUGUGAUGAUGGAGAAUGGGUCGAAACCGACGAAACUGGACAACCACAAAAAGAUCAGGCCCAGGAACACAUUAGCAAGAAAAGAGAGACACUCUUCUCUUCGGAUGACAUGAUGAUGGGGGACGGUGUUAUCGUUUUCAUCGAAGAAGAUGAAUUCGGUUCAGGAGAGACAACUACUGAUUUUGAAGGAUCAGGAACUGAAUCCACUUACUCAUCGAGCUGGAGCUCUGAGUCUAGUGUAGCUUCCGAGUCUACAACAGAGUUUACCACCGAAACUGGUGAAACUACUGUUACUGGUGACACAUCAGAAACUGGGCUAACCACAGAGAGUGGGGCAUCUGGCAUGACGACAAUAUCUGGCCCUAGUUCAGCCUCUGAAGUGACUACAUCAGUGAGCUCCGGAUCAGAGGCCAACACUGAGCCAACAGUAUCAGACUCAAAUAUUUCAGGAUCUACUGAAUCUGUUUCGGAUCAAACUGGUUCCGAUGGUUCUAGCACAUCCGCACUUGCUUCUGGAAGUACUGAAUCGACAGAACAAAGUGGAAGUACCACAGAAUUCACAGGUUCAACUGACGUAGAUAAUAGCACUAUAGAGACAGUCGAGUCUAGUGAGAGUACAACUCUUGGCAGUUCUGAUUCAGGCGGUUCUACUGUCUCAUUCGAGAUCACUGAAAUCACUAGUCCAGUCAGUGGAAGUUCUGCAGAUUCCUCAGGAGGUAGUACAGAACCAACGAGGGAAUAUACAGGUAGUACCGAUUCAACCACGGAAUUCACAGGUAGUACCGAAUCAACCACGGAAUUCACAGGUAGUACCGAAUCGACCACGGAAUUCACAGGUAGUACCGAAUCAACCACGGAAUUCACAGGUAGUACGGAAAUGGGAUCAACAAAAUCUGUUUCGGAUCAAACUGGUUCCGAUAGUCCUGGUACAACUGAAAGUGAAUACACAGGUACCCCUACUUCAACACAGACAGGGGUAACUGGAGAGAGUACUACCAUAUUCUUCAUUGGUGAACCAGAAAAUGUUGUCAAGACGACUACAGUGAAACCAUCCACACUUGUGUCUGAAAGUACUGAAUCGACAGAACAAAGUGGAAGUACCACAGAAUCCACAGGUUCAACAGAAGUAAAUAAUAGCACUAUAGAGACAGCCGAGUCCAGCGAAAGUACAACUCUUGGCAGUACUGAAUCAGAGGGUUCUAGUACUAGUCCAGUCAGUGGUAGUACAGAAUUAACGACGGAAUAUACAGGUAGUACCGAAUCAACUACGGAAUUCACAGGUAGCACCGAAUCAACUACGGAAUUCACAGGUAGUACCGAAUCGACCACGGAGUUAACAGGUAGUACCGAAUUAACUACAGAAUUCACAGGUUCCGAAAUGAGCUCCAGCACCUCAGAGAUGAGUUCAACGAGUGAACGAUCUACUGAAAGUACAACAGAAUUCACGGGUAGCACUGAAUCUACUGAAAGUACAACGGAAUUCAGUGGUAGCACUGAAUCUACUGAAAUGACAACAGAAUAUACAGGAAGUACUGAAUCAACUACAGAAUAUACCGGUACCACAGUUAGUGACAUAUUCAGUAGCACCACAGAAGAAAUGGCGAUCACAGAUGAUUAUGGCAAAUCUAGAAUCAUCGAUAUCUUCACCAAAAAACCACGCAUGUGUAAGAGAAGGAAGCUCAGGACUUGUAGUAAAACGAAAUAUGGUUGUUGCUGGGAUAACAUCACACCUGCAAAGGGUCCAUUCGACAAAGGAUGUCCAACUCCCCAUACGUGCAAGAUGUCAAAAUACGGUUGUUGCAAAGAUGAGGUAUCGGCAGCACUUGGGCCCAAAUUUGCUGGUUGCCCCAGUCUGCACUGCAACGAAACGCUCUUUGGAUGUUGCCCCGAUGAAAGAACUCCUGCAGAAGGUAAUGACAAUGAAGGUUGUCCUCCAAUUUGCCUCAGCUCCGAAUACGGUUGUUGUGAUGAUAAUGUUACUGAAGCCACUGGUCCUGACCACGAAGGAUGUAAAGAAACCGAAAUAACGACAACAGAAGAAAUCAUGUCCACGACAGAAUUAACCACGGAGUACAGUGAUGCAACUGAAGAAUCAAGCUCAACUGACUCAACUAUCAUGGAAACAACUACAGAAGCUAUAACUGAGGACUGCAGGAACAUGACCUACAGGUGUUGCCCUGAUGGAACGACUGCUGCCGCAGGCCCUGGAUACAGAGGCUGCAAUCUUCCAUGCUCUAAUAGCACAUUUGGAUGUUGCCAGGAUGCAAGAACUCCAGCUCAUGGACCAAGCGGAGAAGGAUGUUGCUUGGCAACGCCGUUUGGUUGUUGUCCUGAUGAUAUCGUUGCGGCAAGGGGACCUAAUAUGGAAGGCUGCGACUGCCAAUAUUCUCCUUAUGGGUGCUGCUCAGACAAUACAACUGCUGCAAGAGGUUACGAUAAUGAGGGUUGCGGCUGCCAGUCUAGCGAAUUCGGUUGUUGUCCUGAUGCUUUGACGCCUGCCAGUGGAGCAGAGUUCCAGGGAUGCUUGUGCCAUACAUUCCAAUUUGGAUGUUGUCCAGAUGGAAUAACAACUGCCAGAGGACCUCACCAGCAAGGUUGUGGAUGUAGAAACACUGAAUUCGGUUGCUGCUCUGAUGAACAAACUCCAGCUUCUGGACCGAAUAUGGAAGGUUGUGGUUGUGAAAACAGCAAAUACGGCUGUUGUAUUGAUGGGCUUACGGAAGCAAAGGGAGAAAACUAUGAGGGUUGUGAAACUGCUCCUCGAAAUCUACAGGUCGGGUGUUCUAUUCCAAAGGAAAGGGGAACAUGCAGGAACUACACGGUUAAAUGGUUCUUUGAUAUGGACUAUGGUGGCUGUUCAAGAUUCUGGUAUGGAGGUUGUGAUGGUAACGAGAACCGUUACAAGUCUAAAGAAGAAUGCGAAUCAGUUUGUGUUAAGCCUGAAGGAACAGAUAGGUGCAAUUUGCCUAAAGUGGCUGGUCCAUGCGAAGGCUAUUACCCUGUUUGGUACUAUGAUAAAGACUUGAAGAACUGUGCUCAGUUCGUGUAUGGGGGAUGUCUUGGUAAUAAUAAUAAAUUCGAAAGCAGGGAGGAGUGCCUCAACCAAUGUGUUACCGAUAGCAGCCCAGAUCCUUGUGAACAAAAACAAGAAGCAGGUCCAUGCAAUGGACAGUACCAAAGGUAUUGGUAUGAUGAAGAGACUGGUCAAUGUCAACCUUUCGUGUAUGGGGGUUGCAAAGGGAAUAAAAACAACUUCCCUACUAUUGAGGCUUGCAGGCAACAAUGUGCUACACCUGGUGAAAAGAAAGAUCAAUGCUCGUUACCAAUGGCCCAAGGUAAUUGCACAGAACGACAAGCCAACUGGUACUUUGACACUCCCGAGAAUCGUUGUAAACCAUUCUAUUUCUCUGGCUGUAACGGUAACCAAAAUAACUUCGAGAGUAGAGAAGCAUGUGAAAGUUUAUGUCCAAAAGCAAUUGCAAAAGACACUUGUCAACUCCCUGCUGAGACUGGUGAAUGUGCCAACUACGUCGACAGAUGGUACUAUGACACUAGAGAUAAAGCUUGUCGUCAAUUCUACUAUGGAGGAUGUGGUGGUAACGGUAACAACUUCGAAUCUCGACAGAAAUGCGAAGAGAGAUGCGAAAACGGACAACCACUCGAACCACAACCGAUCACACCACCCCCACAGGUGGAAGCAUUUAGAAUUGAAAUGUGCUUUUUGCCAAGCGAAACUGGAAAGUGUAGAGCAGCUUUCCCAAGAUAUUUCUAUGAUAGUGCCGAUGGGGUUUGUAAGCAGUUCGUUUAUGGAGGAUGUGAUGGUAACAGAAAUAACUUUGAAACUGCUGAUGAUUGUCUCAGAUACUGUGGAGUAUCUCAAGAUCUAUGUACACUGCCUCCUGUUGUUGGAACUUGCAAUGCAUCUGUCCCACAAUACUACUACGAACCCUCCAGCGAUACUUGUCAGCGUUUCAAUUAUGGAGGUUGUGGUGGUAACUACAACAGAUUCCAGGAUAUUUACACCUGCGAACAGAGAUGUAGGAGAUCCCAACCUUCUGCAGUCACACAACCACCACAAAUUCCAAGUGAUAUGAAGAUGUGCUUCAUACCAGCAGAUUCAGGAAACUGUACUGAUAACUACGUGGCCUUUUACUUCGACCAGGAGACGUCAAGGUGUGCCCCAUUCACGUAUACAGGAUGUGGCGGCAAUGACAAUAGAUUUAAUAGCGAGGAGCAAUGUGAGAGGCAAUGUGGAUCAUUCAGAGGCCAAGAUAUCUGCAAUAUGGAUAGAGACGUCGGGCCAUGCGGAGGGUACUUCGUCAAGUACUUUUACAACCGAAACAGCAGACGUUGUGAACAAUUCGCAUUCGGAGGAUGUCAAGGAAACGGAAACAGAUUCAGCUCAGCCAAAGAAUGCGAAGAUAUUUGCGUGGUUCAUGAAGAAACCAAACCUAAUAUCACAGCUACAGCGAUAUGCCAACUGCAGGUGGAUAAAGGUAGUUGCGAAGAAGGGUACCACAAACGUUGGUACUUCGAUGAUCUCAGAGGGGAAUGUAUUGCGUUCAUUUUCUCUGGAUGCGGAGGCAAUUUCAACAAUUUCAAAUCGUACCAGUCUUGUCUAGAUUUCUGUCGAGACUUGUUGCCUCGAACAGAGCCUCCUCUACCGAACGUACAAACAGACAUCGCCCCGCACCCUUGCCAGGAAGUUUUCGACGAAUGCACCACCCUCAGGUGCGCCUAUGGCGUGGAGCCCUACGUGGACGAGCGGGAGUGCAACAGGUGCCGCUGCCUGGACCCCUGCAUCGGGAUCGGGUGUCCCGAUGACGAGCAGUGCGCCAUCGACAUCAACAGGAACAGGACUUCGGCGCGAGAUGCCGCUUUCAUCGCCGUUUGCAGGAAACGCGUGAAACCUGGCUCGUGUCCCAACCUGGAGAUCAACGACAACAACUGUGAGGAGGAGUGCCGGACCGACGCUGACUGCACGUUGCACCUGAAGUGCUGCUCCACUGGCUGCGGCACUGCGUGUGUGGACCCCACGCCACCUGCCCAGCUGGUGACGCAGCAGCCGCAGCCUGCGUUUACGGAGGGGCCUAUAGAAGCGCAAUAUCGACCUCCCAAGGUUGAUGUCAUGGAAUACAAGCCGGAAACUACAGGUCUCAUAGGAGACCAGGCUACUUUGAGAUGUGCUAUUUCUGGAAAUCCUAACCCUAGGAUUAGGUGGAGCAAAGAUGACCUUAUGAUUGAUGGUACUCAACCAAGGUAUAGGAUCAAGCUAGAUCAGUCAUUGCAGAUCAUCACCUUGCAUAAAACAGACUCAGGAAUCUAUCUCUGUACCGCUGAUAAUGGUAUUGGAGAACCUAUCACGAAUCAAAUCAGACUGGAUGUAUUAGAUUCGGAACCCCGCCCCGUCACCAUGCUGGACGACCAAGCGAACCAACCCCCCCAUAUAGUCUCCCUCAACGCCCCCGCAACCCUAAACUGCUUCGUCCUCGGCCAUCCCUUCCCCUCAGUCACCUGGUGGAAGGACGACUCCAUGCUCCCCUUCAAAAACAGCGAAUUCGAGGUGCGCAAAGACUACUCUUUGCUCAUCCACUCGGUGAAGCUGCGCAACCUCGGAAUCUACACCUGCCAAGCGUAUAACGGCUUCGGCAAAGCUGCUAGUUGGUCGGUGACUGUCAAGGCCAGAGGCCCCUAUAGGUUCUCCGACCCUAGGGAGUAUAGAUACCGAGAGUUCAUUGUCGAUCCUCCGAUGGAGCCUAGCCUCAUCGUUCCUACCCCUAUCGCUACCACUGCCGCUCCUACCCCUAGGUAUCCCCCUAGGAGACCCACUCCUCAGCCGUUCGUGCCGCCUGCGAUGUACACGGAACCCUCGAAUGAGAUCGUGCCUGGGUCAGUGGCACCUACUGUGAUGUGGAAGCCGCCUAGUCUUGUCGUGCCUGUGAGAGCAAAUAUAACUACAACCGACUCGAGGUAUCCAAUAGGCAGUAACAUAGAAUUGCCAUGUGAGGUAACAGGAUAUCCAACACCUCAGGUGCAAUGGUACAAGGACGGUGUUCAGUUGAAUCCAUCAGAAAAAAUCUUUAUUUCAGACACUAACACGUUGAGUAUACAAGGUGCAACCAAAGCAGACUCAGGAUUUUACCAGUGUGAAGCUACCAAUGCUUAUUCCAAAGCAUCUAGUACUCUGAUGAUAUCAAUUCAAGGAAUCUUCAUCCAUCCUAGUUGCACGGACAACCAAUUCUUCGCGAAUUGCGCCCUCAUAGUCAAGGCCAGAUACUGCACGCACAAAUAUUAUGCCAGAUUCUGUUGCCGAUCGUGCACAGAGGCUGGGCUGUUGCCAGUUGAUGGACCACAUCUCCAGGGAUUCAGCAAGACGAGUGCCAUCGAUAGUAACCGAAUAUGAAUCGAUCGAUUUCGAUUGGUAGUCUAAUUGUUCUGAGAAAUAUCUUGAAAACGAAUGAAGAAACUGCAGUAUGUUCCAUUGAUGAUUAUUGUACGUACGUUAACUGGAUGAUCUUUGACUACGUGUGGAUAAACUGAUCAACAAAAUAAACGUCGUGGUCCAAAAUAUAGGCUGAUUUCAAAAUCGAAUUACUCAUGGAUCCCAUAACUAAUUUCACUUCGGUUUUCACAGGUUUGGCAAGUCCAACCUUCGAGUUAACUCGUCAGAUCAAUAUGAGACUACGACAUUUCCAGAUGAACGAUCUAUACAGGAUGAUUAUUGGAGUAGUGUUAAAUUGCAGUGGUGUCGUCACGUUCCCGUUUGAGAAAAUAUUUUUUAUAAUUUUUUUUCGACCAUAAUCAUGAAGUUUGAUGUUUUCUCUCGAAAAAAUUUCGACAUUUUUUCAAUCAGACCCUUUAUGUAUUAUAUCAACGAAUAAGUAAAUGACAUUGAAUUUUCGUAAUGUUUUUUGAAAAAUUCACAUUGUGCGGAUAAUUCUGGAUAAUGUGAGAGUGUCCGGAUACAAAAACUCAAAAUGAAGUACAUACAGGAUGACAUAAAAAUUAUUGUAUGAGAUUCGAUGAAGAAAACCAUAUCUCUCUUCAGAUGAAAGAUAGUUUUCUCAUUUCCUUAGAUAACAUUAUGGAGUUUCAUAUCAAACACAUGAAACAGUCUCGAAACAGUUUUUGAAUUUUCCAAAUCUGAAUCCGCAUCAUGGAAUUAUCAUUUUAAUGAUGCAUUUUGGUGAUCUUUUAAAAAAUCGGGAACUAUUCGUAUCGUAUUCAUGAAAUCAUUUUCCUACAACGAAAUAAGUUCAUCAGCUUGCAUUAUUGCCAUUUUUUGCACCUUUUAUAAAUAUCCUGAGAAAUAUCUGUUUGCUACAGUACAAUCUACAUUUCUAAUAUGUAAUGUAAUGGGACUUCUACUAACCGAUUUUUCAAAAAAUACGAAAUUCAUUGUCCAUGAAAAUUCAUAUCUCCUUAAUGUGGAUUCCGAUUUGAAAUCUUUUAAAACUAUUUCAAGACCAAACAACAAGCUACAUGUUCAUAGUAUAACACUUCGUAAUUUCAUCAAUGGAAUUGAGAAAAUUAUGUUUCAUCUGAAGAAAGACAUGUUUCUCUUCAUCGAGUAUCACGAUAAUUUUUCUAUCACCCUGUAUGUAGGUACUUCAUUUUCAGUAUUCGUAUCGAGACACUCUCACAUUAUCCUGAACUAUCCACACGAUGUCAAUUUUUCGAAGAACAUUAGGAAUAUUCAAUGUUAUUGUUCAAGUUUUCGUUGAUAAAAUACUUAAUUUUGAAGAAAAAAAAAAUAUGUAUCUGACAAAAAGGGUCUGAUUGAAAAAAUUUCGAAAUAAUCAAGCUUCAUGAUUAGGUAUGGUCGAAAAAAAAAUUAUAAAAAAUAUUUGAUCAAACCGGAACGUAACGUAACCGCUGCAAUUUAACACUACAAUCAUCAUCAUCCUGUAGAUUGUUCAUCUGGAAUAUUUGUAGUCUCAUAUAUUGCUUGGACGAGUAGCUAACUGAAAGAUUGGGCUAGCCAACCAUGAAAACCGAGUAGAAAUUAGUUAUGGGGAACCUCUUGAUGAAUUUGAUUUUGAAAUCGGCCUAUAUAUUUUGGACCACGAUGUUCAUUUUGUUGAACAGUUUAUAUGAAUUGCUUAUCCAUGAAAGGAUAUACGAUAUACCAAAUGACGUGGAAUGAAUGGGAUUAUGAUGAUUUUUUCGUUCUCUCAUUAUUCUCUCCUUAUAUCAGAAUAAAUUCACACAAACAGAAUCCAAUUGUUCUGAAAUAAAACUCAUCAGCACAAAAAUAUAGGUGUUCACUCAUUUCAUGUUAAGAAAAUAUUUUUAUCAUUAUCUCAAUGUCUACUCUAUUUGUUCCUCAGGUACUAUUUUGAUACUUCUCAAUAUUUCGUUACCAGAUGUUUACACAAUAUAAUACCCACUCAAGAAGGAACAGUGUGAUAAUGAAUCACAAUCUUCAGGGAUUCUAAUGCUUACUCACUUCAUUUUAGUUCACAUAAUGUUUUGUUAUUUUUCAGUUGAUAGCACUAAACAUCAAAUCGAUUAAAAUUAUCUAAUUAGGAAAAUGAGAUACGGAGUCGUUAUUUUGUUAAUAAUCAAUAAUUAUUAUUAUAAUUAUUAAAUAAUAUUCACAUUGUGUAUCAAAUCUGGUAGAAAUAAAUUCAGCUGUUCCGAAAUAAUAUUUCCAUCAGAUGUUUCAAAAAUGUUCAACAUCAUUUUGUCGGAAUCCUGUUUAUCAGUCAUAUAUAUCAUUUUUACCGACGUUAGCGAUCGUCCACUUAUUAAUGGCACGUCCUGUAGACUUUAUUGGCAAAUGCAACUUUCAUCAACCUGGCUGAAAUGAUAAUUCUCAGCUUUCCGCACGAAGAGUUGCCUUGCAUUAUCAAAUAGAAUUCAUUUUUUAAAGAAUGAUGGUCAACUCAUUACUCAGGAAACAUAAGGAAAAAUUUCGAGUAUAGCUAUUUCACGAAGUUUUUGGUUGAUGUUUUCUGGAAAGCCGAAGAUACAUGGCGAUGACUAAAGAUUCUUAAAUACGUAGCAGACGAAAUGAUAUAGAUAUUUCUGCAAAUCACAUGCAUGAUAAUCAAUGUAUUAUGUAUUGAAUUUUGAAAUUUCAUUUCAGCUUUUUCCAAGAAUCUUAAGAUAAAUUUGUAUUAAUAACGAGUUCUGAAUCCAGUGUAUAUUCAGGAAGUGGACUCUAGAAGUUAACUAAAACCUGCUGAAUUUUUAACUUCAACUCCCUCAACUUUUCCUAUAUAUUCAAUAUUGUAACGUCAGUCUCUAUACACACACAGGACAGUAUUUGGUAUACAUGGUAUACAUAUUUUCUUUCGUAAUAACACUAAUGGGUAUGUACUAAGGGAACUCAGUGCAACAUAAUAUGUUGAUAGCAACGUAUAUGUUGAAAGUUCACUAAAACAUUAGAAUUUGAUUUGUCACUGAUUAUAUUUUCCAUGUGUCUGGUAUAUCAAAACAAGAAAUGUUCUGUUUGAGUUGUUUAUUCAUCACUUCGCAUUGUUUUCAAGAUAUAUCUCAUAUUGUCUUAUGGUUCAAUAAGAUCAUGCAAUGUUCCAACAAAAAAUUCAAGAAACACAUCCUGGAAUUUAAUCACCAGUGAUGUAACUAACUUUGUAGAUAUUAUUUCAAAUACUCCAGAAAUCGUGCAAUUUACUUAACUUUGUAUAUAUUAUAAUUUUAACAAUACUAUUUAUGAAUUCGUCAUGUAAAGAAUGUGUUCAAUACAUUGUGAAACUGAAAAAUAAACUUUUCAUUUUACAU